AUGGGGCUGCGGGCGGCCGGGGACGCGGGGCGCCUCGCCCUGCGCCUGGGGCUGCUCCUGAGCCUGCUGGCCCAGCAGCCCGUGAGCGCCAAGAACGACAGCGGCUCUGCCCUGGAGCAAGCCGUGGUGGAGCCGAUACCUGAGUCAGCUGACCUGGCCAGCCGCAAGUUAUCCAAGGAAGUAGAAUUUGGAAUGUGCACAGUGACGUGUGGUAUUGGCAUUCGAGAAGUUUUAUUAACCAACGGGUGCCCUGGAAGCGAAACAAAAUGUAUUGUUCGUGUAGAGGAAUGCAGAGGACCAGUAGAUUGUGGAUGGGGUAGACCAAUUUCUGAAAGCCUUGCAACUGUGAAGAUCCCAUGUAUUUUUAUACCUCCAGAGAAUCGAUUUACAUACCUUUGGAAAAUGUUAAUUCCAGACCAGCAAUCACUGAUUCUUCCUAAUGAUUCGGCUAUUCUGGAGGUACACAGGGAUACCCAUCCAGUAGCUUUCCAGUGUGACACAAAAGAAAAUAAUGAGCUAGUUGCCUCUGUAAAAUAUACAGUAUAUACAACAGCUGAAUUGGAAACAAGAAGAUUAAGAAGACCAGACACAAAUGUAGUUCUGGUGUUUGUCCUGAUAACUGGAGUUAUUGUUUGUGUUGGUGUGAUCUUUGCAUUAAUCUUCAUAAUUCUUCACUGGGCAGCUGUAAAAGCAUUCUGGGCAUCAAAAGUUGGUAAGAGCUCCAAAGAAGAACAAUCAAGCGCUCAAGGCAGCACUAUUAACUCUAGCCGCUAG